AUGUCUAACCCUAAGCCAGCGCUCAAGCCCUCCGAACGACUCUCCCUCGAGAAGAUUGAGAAAUUAGAACUGCCCUCGCCCUCCUCUCCAUCAUCAUCGACUCCCGAAAAUGGCGCCAUCACCACCAUCCCCAUUCCCAAUGCCACAACAGCGCCGCCCAAACUCGACCGCACAAUCUCCUGGAUCGGCGCCGUCGGCCUCGCAUUUACAAUCUCAAACUCCUGGAUGUCCUAUGCUGCAACGUUCGGGCCGUCCCUCGUCUACGGCGGCGGCGUGACUGUGCUCUUUGCGCUUAUAAUUGCUGCCGCGGCGCAGUGGGUUGUUCUAUUGGGGGUUUGUGAGAUGGCGAGUGCAAUUCCUUCUUCUGGUGGCUGCUAUCACUUUACAUACUUCCUCGCGCCAAAGGAGACGCGGAAUUUCGCCUCGUUUACGGUUGGGAUUAUUAAUAUGCUGGGGUUCUUGAUCGGUGGGGUUUCUGGGAUGAUAUACACGACGAUUUCGGUUUUUGGCAUCGUUGCGUUUUGGGUUGAUGGGUUUAUGCCUGCGCAGUGGCAGGUAUACCUCGGCUUCGUCGGCGUGAUCCUCCUAUCCCUAAUCCCCAUCCUAACCCUCCCGCAACGGCACACCAAAUACCUAACAACAACCGGUCUGGGCCUCUCCCUUUUCUGCCUAGUCUUCUUCAUGAUAACCCUCCUCGUCAUGGGCCGCGACCACUACACACCAUCCAACCUCGUCGCGCACAGGAAUCUCAGCGGCUGGUCGAAUCCCACCGGGUGGUUGCUGAGUAUCACGCUGGGCGAGUAUAGUUUCUCGGCAACGGGGACGGUUGUGCAUCUCGCCGAGGAGGUCGAGAGGCCGAGGAGGGGGAUCCCGAGGGCUAUAAACGUAACAAUGGCCAUCAGCAUAGCAACCGCAAUCCCAUUUAUAAUAGUUCUGGUCUGCGGGAUCCGCGACAUGGACGCCGUGCAGAAUGCGUUUCUGCCCAUCCUGGAGAUCUUCUUUCAGAUGACGGGGAGUAGGGCCGUGGCGACGCUGUUGCAGGCUUGUUUGGCCGGGCUUUACUUUUCAACCGUCUGCACGCAGUGGGUGUCAGUUAGUCGGAUUGCGUGGACGCUGGCUAGAGAUAACGCCCUCCCUUUCUCCAACCACCUGUCAAAAAUCUCCGCAGGCCGUCGGAUCCCCCUCCACGCAACCCUCGCCUCUGCAACAUUUUGCAUCCUCUUCGGCCUGAUCUACAUAGCGAGCACAACAGCAUUCAGCAGCGUGGUAAAUAUGGCCACGCUGCUGCAGAACCUCGCGUACACGGUCCCGCAGGGGAUACUGGUUGCUCAGCGGCGGAGGGGGCAUUUGGCUGCGGAACGGGAGUUGCGACUGGAGUGGGGAAGAGAACGCGGGAUGCUGGGAUAUGCUGUGAAUGGGUUUUCGGUGGUCUGGCUGGUGUUUAGUGGGGUGUUGUUUUGUUUUCCGAAUCGGGUUCCGACGACGGCGGGGAGUAUGAAUUAUGGCUCCGCGGUCAUUUUCAGCCUCUUUAUCGCCAUCCUUCUCAUGUACCUGGCUCGUCGGGGCAAGUAUGAUGGGCCGCAGAUGAAGCAUUUCGACUUUUCACCUUGA